AUGGAGAAGACCUUUGACAUAGUGAGGAAAGCAGCAGAAAAGUCUAGAAUAAAGCAGAAAAGUCAUUUUGACAAGAAAGCAAACGCAAAGAAGCUAAGUAUCGGAGAACAAGUUUUAUUACGGAUUUUAACUUAUGAAGGAAAACAUAAAAUAGGAGAUAAGUAUGAGGGGAAAGUUUAUUUUGUAAAAUCACAACCUUACCCGGAUAUUCCAGUUUUUCUAAUUUCAGAUAAAAAUGGUGUAGAGAAGACAGUCCACAGGAAUUUGAUCAUUCCUACAGGAACAAGAAGAGAACUUACAGAUGUCAGGCCUGACACAAGUGUGAGAAGGAAAACAGAGAAAAAGAGUUCACAGAUUAAGAUGGUGGACAAUUCAAAGAGAGAGGAGGGAAAAUGCCAAAGUAGUGACAGUGAUGAGGUUUAUAUGGUUGAAGUCAGACGUGAUGUGGCACCACAUCCAGAUUCAGUGCAGACUCAGCAACAAGAGGAAACUCAGGAAGAGGAACCAGAGGAAGAUCAAGAAGAAGAGGAACCAGAAGAAGCUCAAGAAGAAGAGGAACCAGAGGAAACUCCACAUGAGCAACAGGAGUAA